UACCCACACCGCGGUCCACAGGCCAUCAGUCGCUCGAUUGCCUUCCAAUUACACAGUCCCAGGACCAAAAAAAACCCAAUUCAAAAAUGAAAUCGUUCAUUGUUCUCGCUGUGUUCGUUGCCGCUGCCGUCGCUGCUCCCGCCGUCGUCGGUGGUCCAGACUCCACCGCUCAGAUCCUCCGUUACGAUAGCAACAACAUCGGUGUCGAUGGAUACUCAUACGGCUUCGAAACCUCCAACGGCAUCUCCCAACAAGAGGAAGGCCAACUCGUGAACGCUGGCUCCGAGAACGCCGCCAUCGCAGUCCGCGGCCAGUUCUCCUACACCGGUCCUGAUGGCCAACAGUACACAGUGACAUACGUCGCCGACGAGAACGGUUUCCAGCCCCAAGGCGCCCACUUACCCCAAGUCGCUUAAAUCAAUUUAAUACAAGCAAAGAUCUAGUCCAAAAAUACUCAUAUCCCUAACUCCCUCCUGUCCCUAUCCUUGUUACUUCCUCCAAGCGAUCUGUGAUACGAUCCCGAUUUGAUGUUGUUAAUAAACAAUGUAUGUUAAGUAAUUUUUUUAUA